AAUCGCCUUUCGCGACAAACGUGCGUUCCUUCCUGCUGGCAGUCGUCUGGCAGCUCGAGCGAGUGUUCCCUAACUUCCCAGCAACAUCCCUCGAACCGAGUUGAAAGCAAUUUGGGGUUGUUGUCGGCACGGCGUGUGCCAAGCGUUCAGUUGUGUCUGGAAUUCUAUCGCGUGCAAGUUGUUGGGUUGCUGUGUGCGUUGCGAGUGAGUUGAUCGUCGACGCAUCUUCCCUCAGUGCAUUGCUGCAGUCGUUUCCGUGCGGAGUGCGGCCGACAGAGGAUCUCAAGGACUCGUUACUGCCAAAUGGGCGAGGACUGCACCCGGACUCGGUAGCACAGGUGCGCCCAGGACUGUUCGCGUGAAAAAGUGUUGAAACGCAAGAUAAGAGCCAUCCAGGUGACAAAUCGGUGAGCGGGCGAGUGACACAUCUGCUCUUGAAGGUGUUUGUGGUCGGCUUGACUACGAUCAAGCGCGCGGAGGCGGCGCGGAAGAGUACGAAGCUGCGAUCGUGCAAGUGGUGGUGAGCCGCGCUCGACUGUGAGCUACCUUGCACACCUGUGAGCCGCGAGAGACCUGUCCGGCGUUCGCCUACCUGUUGGCGUUUUUUCGCUCCACAAAUUUCUUUUGUUGACUGAGUGCGGUCGUUCGGAAUUUUGAUAAAGAAACGGCUUAGAAACGUUAACGGCCGACAUUUUCCGGGGCAACAGUUGUACGGCGAUAAUUACAGGAAUCGUCGUUACUUUCCAGUUGGGAAUUGAUCGCAGACAAGCAACAUCGAAAACUCUCACUUGUCUGCCGUGGCUGCUGGGCGUUAGUACGUUGGUUGUGUUGCUGGUGUGCCGAUCGUGUCCGGCAACAAAGCACAGUGAAGUGACAAAGAUACAGAUAAGUGCGUGAGAAAUUUGAAAUUUGAAAUUUUGCGUUUUUUUCAUCGAAAUUCACAGAAGAGGAUUUUUGCGGAUGGCAGUGGGUGCAAGCGAGUAGGCCAAAGUGUAGUCUGUACAGAAAUUAUUUACGGAAUUCGAGUGCGAAGCGAUUUCUUUUAUUUUUACUCUGCCCAGGAGUGGCCAGGUGUCUGCUGGCGCCUCAUGUGUGAAAAUUAAGUGAGAAUUGUCCGUGUUUUAUUUACGUUAGUGAAAAUGGCCACAAGAAGGCUUCCAGAGGUGGCGAUCACCGCGAAAUUAUCGCUGCUCAUUUACUUUAGCGCCUGUUUAAUAGGUUUUGUACAGUGCCAAACCAAAGAACCCAAAUUAGAAAUUCUUCCUAUACAGUCCUUACAAAGAAAACCCGUUGGAAAAUCUCUUAUGCUAACAUGUCGUCCAGAUGUAGAUAAUACCAACUUAGUAACAGAUUUGCAAUGGCAAGACAAUACAAAUAUGGUUGUCCAACCUAAACCGAACAUAACAUAUAACCCACUCUACGAUAGCAAAGGGCGUAGCUUGCCAACUACAACUGGACAAGCACCACCAGCCAUGUACACCGAGACGCUCCCAGGUGAUCAGAGCUUAGCACUGAUUAUCCCAGCCCUACUGGAAUCAAUGGCCGGAACUUAUUUCUGCUCAGCGUCUUAUGCUGCUCAACGACUGGAAGUUAGUGUACAAAUUGAAACUUAUGUGGCUAUCACCUGGCGCAACGCCCCAGAAAAUCAAUAUCCAAUUUUAGGGGAUGAUUACAAGGUGAAAUGCGAAGUUCAUGCAAGUCCUCCACCAACAGUUGAUUGGCUGAGAAAUGGAGACCCCAUCAAAUCAGGUGGACGCUACGUCGUCGAAGCUGAUGGCUUAUUAAUUCGUGGUGUGAAAGAAGCAGAUGAUGGAAUAUACACAUGUAGAGCUUUCGUUAUACAAACAGGUGAACUUUCUGAACGAAAUAUUCGCCUAGAAGUGUACAUUAAACCUGUAGUGAGUCCUCUCCCACCUGAACUUGAAGCAAUUGAAGGACAAUCAUUUUCAACCUAUUGUAACGCUACCGGCAAACCUGUUCCUGAAUUUUCUUGGAUUAAGGAUCUGACACAACAAAAUGUGGCGACAGCUGAUCGAUUCCUUGUAAAUCCCCAAACAGGCUUAUUAACAAUUACAAAAGUAGCACAAGAAGACUACGGAACAUAUACGUGCGCUGUCAAAAAUGAUGCUGGAAUAUCCGAAGCGCGAACGAAAUUAAAUGUCCUAGUUAAACCGAAGAUAUAUGAAUUGUACAAUAUCACAAGUGCAGUGAAAAAAGAAGCCGCUCUAACAUGCCGUGCUACAGGACGACCUGCCCCUGAAAUUACAUUCCGUCGAUGGGGUACAGAAGAAGAAUUUGUUCCAGGCCCACAACCUGAUGAUGAUCGAAUAGUUUUGGAACAAUAUGGGGACAAUGAUCGUGGGGAAUCAACAGGAACUCUGAGAAUAUCGAAUUUAAUGAGAACCGACGACGGUCUUUAUCAAUGCAUUGCCAGAAAUAAGGGAGACACUGCUUUCAAGACAGGUCAUAUUGCUGUCGAAUUCCCUCCGAAUUUCGAUCAUAUGAAGGAAUUGCCUCCAGUUUUCACAUGGCAAGAGAGGAAAGCAAAUUUGAGUUGUUUGGCCAUGGGAAUUCCAAAUGCGACUAUUGAAUGGCGAUGGAAUGGCCGACCGAUCAAGGAUCAAUACGACAAAAAUCUAGUUAUCGAAGGAACCGGUCCAAGAAGUGAUCUUAUUGUAACUCCAAUCGAUCGCCGUUACUAUUCCGCUUACAAAUGCAUUGCCUCUAAUAUCCAUGGUACAGCAGAACAGGAUAUGGUACUGCGCGAAGCACAUCUACCAGAAUAUGUAGUUUCUGCUAAACCACGGGUGGUUACUGCCACUACCAUGACUUUUGAUAUAAUCGGCCCAGUAGCGGAACGAGGUCUACCAAUUAUUGCAUAUAGUGUUCAGUACAAGGAAGAAUAUAAUCCGGAUUGGGCGACAGCAUAUAAUCGUAGCUGGUCACCUGAUAGCCCUUACAUUGUAGAAGGCUUAAAGCCGCAAACUUCUUAUAAUUUCCGAUUCGCCGCGAGAAAUAUGGUUGGUUUAGGAUCAUGGGGAUCAAAUAUUGUUCAAUCGACUCCCAGACGUUCAGCUCCCGAGGAACCAAAAAUGUUACAUUCUCCCAUUCAUAAUGAAGAAGGAGAGGAAAAAAUUAUCAUUUCACCUUAUUCAGAUCAUUUCGAAUUGAGGUGGAAUGUACCAGCUGAUAAUGGCGAACCCAUUGAUUAUUAUCAAGUGAAAUUCUGUCCGGGUCAUAAAGUGAACGGCGAAUGGAACGAACUCGAAAGCGAAUGUAUAACACGAGAAAUAAUAGAAGGAUCCAAUUUAGAAAUGGCGAAAUUAUCACCGAACACAUAUUACCGUAUUGAAUUACGAGCGCAUAAUGCAAUCGGAUUCUCAACGCCCGCCAGUAUAUUAAUGCGAACCGCUCGAGGAUCUGACGAUGUUGUAUUACGAGCUGAUAAACGAGCGCUAUCGUCGGCAGCUAUUGUUGGCAUUGCUAUCGGGGGAGUCCUGAUAUUGUUAGUCAUCAUUGAUUUCCUGUGCUGCAUAACAGUACGAAUGGGCGUGCUGGCAUCCAUGUGCCGGAAAACGAAACGUUCUCCAUCGGAUAUGGAUGAAGAAAAACUGGGCAGUGGUCAGCUAGUUAAGGAACCUCCACCAUCACCGCUUCCAUUACCGCCACCAGUUAAACUCGGUGGUUCACCAAUGGCAUCACCAUUGGAAGAGAAAGAACCAUUACACACACCGCCCGGCAGCAUUAAAAAGAACUCAUCCGUCGAAUUUGAUGGAAGGGUCGUGCAUUCGAGAAGUGGAGAUAUAAUCGGCAAAAAUUCGGCUGUGUGAAUAUAAGAACAUUUGUGGUUAAAAUAAAUAACCCAAAAUAACAAAAACUCAAUUCAUUUCAUCCAGAAUUUAUGAAUAUAAAUCCAUUAAACCGAGAUUAUUAUUAAUAGUUACUAUAAUUGCAACAAUUUAAGCAUACAUGUGUAAAGUUAAUGAUAAACGCAUAAAGCUAAGUGUGAAUGAGAGUAGCUGAAGCUAAAGUGAGAUGUCUUACAAUCACAGAUUUUGUUGGAUCUCGAAUAUUAUUGCUUCCAUACAAAAUUUCUUUGCAAUUACAUUCUAGUUUCAGAGAUUACCUCAGAUCAAGAUAAAACGAUUUAAAAAACCUGGCAAGCGAAAUUCAUUCCUUUAUUUGAAUAAAAUAAAUGUCAAAUCUGUGAUUGUAGUAUAUGGAAUCAAAAAUAAAAAGUAACAAAAAUAUAUAAAUGCGUCGUAAACCUAGUUAAAAUUUAAAGAAAUAGCUUUUUAUUAAUGAAUUAUGUAACGUCAAUGUGGCUUAAAUCGAUAUUAUAAACGAAACUUACAUUAGUCACUUUUAUAAUAAUAAAAUAAUUAACCAUUUUUGUACCAUUCUACCUUUACAUAACAUUUAACUAUUUAAGUUAGGCCUUCCCCUAUCAAAGUGCGCAUGAAAUAUCGUUUUCCAUAUACGUAUUCGUUAUUUAUUACUCAUAAUAUUUCAGAACAAAUUUAAGAAUUCUUCGAAUUUAAAAGUCUAUCCAAAUCAAGAAAUUCAUUUUAUAUCUAAAUCGAUUUUUAGUAAAAGUGUGGGGCACAUUUUCUAUUCUCUCUGAAACAGCAGUUUUGGGAAAAUGGAAAAGCGUACCCCAAGCGUAUUAUGAAAUGCCAAAAAAUUAUAUUAUAUUGAAAAUAUUGUAAUUUAUAAGCUUGGAUACCCGCAAUCAGUGUAAGAUAAAUUACCUCUCUAAGAUAAAUUUGCUUAAUAUUUACAUGUAAUUUAAGGAUUUGAUAUAACUGGUAAACUGUAUCAUGACAGAAAAAAGUUAGGAAAUAAAAAACAAUAUUUUGUCUACCAUAAAGAAAAGUGACAAAUAAUAUAUAUAGUGGUGAACUCAA